AUGUCGGAACGGAGCCCGCACUUGUGGAAUAUUGUCUGCCAUCGGUCGAUCGUGAAUGGUAAGGGGCGGCUGCGCAACUGCGCGGGCGCGAACCGCUCGGACGACGGGGGCAGCGCGGACAGCAGCGCGGGGCUCAGUGGCUCGGUCGCCAGCGCCAGCGGGGCCCCCGAGGGCGGCCCGCGACGCCGCGCCAGCCCGGGGGAGGGCGGCACGCGCGGCGCAUGGGCCGACGAGGAGGCGGAGUCGGAGGAGCACCCUGCAGGCGCCUUCAUCGUCGGGCACCGGUUCGUCGCCAGAUUCCCCCCCGUCGCGGGGCCGUCCGCGGUGGGCGGGGGGGGCUACGCGCAGAACCCGAUCCGCAUGAUCGGCCGUUUCCUGUUCGGCCCGUCCUGGGAGUCCUUCGCGCUGGGGGCUAGGGUCGCCUUUGGGGCGCUGCUGGUCGUCCUGAUCCUGACGUUAUGCGUCUGGGUCAUUCGGGUGGUCCAGAGAGCGUUCGCUCCCCCGCGUGGCUUCCUCGCGCGGCGCAGGCAGCGCUGCUGCGGGCCCGACCGCGACCGGGCGAUCGCGGCGAAGGCGGCCGACCAGCUGAACGAAGAGCCGCAGCAGAUGCGGCUGCGCGGGCUGGGCCUGGGGAAAGAGUCGCCGACCAACUUCUACAGGGACCUGAAGACCGCGCUCCGCGCGGGCAGUGCGUGGCACGCGGUCUUCGCGGUCGACGGCCAGAUCGCCCGCGCGGCGCGGCGCUGGAGCGACGCCAGGACCAGCGCUCGCGGCCUCAUCGUUGACUAUGACAUGGCGCGCGGUGCGACGUCGGGGAGGCCGAGGAAGGACCUCGAGAAGGCGACGACCAAGCGCCCCCACCUCUGCCAGAAGGCGGGCACUUGCCAGCAGUGCGAGCCCCUGAAGGGGGCCCCCGCGCCCUCCCUGCGCUGCCGCCCGCCGGUGGUCCCCGCGGUGCCGCCCGCGGGCGGCGCUCCGCCGGCCUGCCCGGGGCCUGGCACGAGGCAUCGCCUGCAGAGGACGGGCGCCCCGCGCGGCGGCGCGGCGGCGGAGGCGCCCGGCGCGCAGAGGCUGCGCGCCUCGGGAAUCGCCGCGCUGUGGCAGGCGGGCCACAGGCACCUGGAGGACCUCAGCUGCGGGCCCUACGACGUCGAGCGCGACUGGGACUUCACCAACACCGAUGUCCUGCAGACGGUGAGUGACAUCACAACUGCGGAGGACUGCCAGGACGAGUGCAGGAACUUCCAAGAGUGCACCUCCUGGAGCUGGGGCAAGAUGAAGGGCGUCACGGGGCUGUCCGACACGUGCUUCCUGAAGAGGGUGAGGCCGGGCGCCGUUGCGCAGAAGUUCAGGAGAUUUGGCGUCACAUCGGGCAUCAUGGCUGGGGUACCGUGCGAGGAGGCCCUCCCUGACAUCGACAGGAAGACCAAGAUCCUCGGAGUGAUCAAGGUGCGCGAGGGCAUCUGCCUUGCGGCCGAGAGCCCCGCCGAUCCUGGCAGCAAGGUGCAGAUGUGGAGCUGCGUCGUCGACAGUACGAGCCAGGUGUGGAUGUACGACGAGACGGUGGGCCAGAUCAAGAACCAGGCGGGGCUGUGCCUUGGAGGCAGCCACUGGUCGCAGGAUUUUGCUCACGUCGGGAUGUACAAGUGCGACGCUGGCAACUGGAGCCAGCAGUGGACAUUCGACAGCGUUGCUGGCAUCUUGAAAAUUUGGCGGGGGAACUGCCUGGAAUCCGGCGAGCCUGGAGUAGACGGGGGAUCGCUGUUCAUGCACGCCUGCAAUGUCAACAACAGCAACCAGCAGUGGAACAUUGGGGACCCGACCGAGAUCAUCACAGACGACACUGUGUCGUCAGUGCAGCACUACUUGCCUGGCACAAUAUUUUGUUUCGCGCUGAUGUUGCCUCACAGCUACGAGCAGGAGCUGCUGGAGGACCAGGAGAGUCGCGGCACGGGCAUGUUCGACUGUGACGACUGGAUGAUCUAUAGCAACAAGGCGGUCCCGAUAGGACCGAAGAAGGCCUCCGUGAUCGACAGCGACCUCAAGUGCAAGAUGGGGGGGGAGUUCGGAACCGCACUGAACCUCGACAUCUUCAUCGUUCUGUGGACGAAGCUCGUGGAAGACGCGGUGUACCUGGAGCACAACUGGACCGUGAAGGUCGACCCCGAUGCCGUGUUCUUCCCCCUGCGCCUGAGGGUGAUCCUCACGACCCACACGGAGGUCGAGGGCGGCACCUACAUCAACAAUUGCAAGUACGGCCUGCACGGGCCCCUCGAGGUCUUCUCCAGGAACGCGGUGACGGCCUGGUCCACAGGCUGGCGAGAUUGCAAGACAACGUUCGAGGCCAAGUGCGGAGGCGAUUGCUACUGGGGCGAGGACCUCUUCAUUGACCAGUGCCUCGACAAGGUGCUCGGGGUCAAGCGCGACAACGACUUCCGGCUGCUGCUCGAGGAC